CCAUCAGGCGCGAUGACACCGGACCGCAGGCAGAGGCGGGGACUCGAAGCGAGCGUGGAGUUGAAAGAGGAAACGGAAGCCUUGAUGAUAGUCAUACUGCUAGACUUACUUUUGCGAGCAUCAGCUUAAUAGACAUCUCAGCCUUGCCGAGUCACGCGACCAAGCUGCCAAACGUGCACUAUGGCAAACGACGACAAGCAUGAGCUGCAGGAGUUCAAGCUGCAGGUCGCCGAGCAACAGCAGCGCUGGGAGCAGCAGCAGCGGGCGCAGGAGCAGCGCUGGGAAGAGCAACAGCAGCGCUGGGAGCAGCGCUGGGAGCAGCGGGAGCAAGAGAUGGCCGCCCUCAAGCGCACGUUGUACAUAGUGACCAAGGAGGACGUCGCCCAACUGCUGCGCCUGGCCCUUUCAGUCAUCGGCUACGGACAGCGCUCCUCCAGCCCAGCGCACGAAAAGCUAGCUUAGCUGCUCCUCCUCGGCUUCGCAGUGGCGGACAUGUACGCUGUGGCCACCAUCUUCCUGGCGGCGUACUUGAAGAUGACGCUGCCCGGAAGGACACAGUGCUGGAGCACACGGCGCAGCAGCUGGCUGGUGGAAGGCCCAAGGAGGAGGUCAUUGUUGGCUGGGGCAACGCCACCACUGGCUAUGGCGGUUGCAUCAGCAGGUUGGGGCGGGGCCCAAACCGGGCACUGCUCCGCCUGCUGGUGGACAAGUACGCGCACCUGGUGGUGUACGUGGACGAGUUCUACACAUCACAGAUUGUGCGAAGUGCGGGCGGCGCUUGCUCGGCGACGGGCAGCGCUGCCUGCAGGCGGUCGUACCAUGGGGGGGCUCACGUGCUCACCAAGUCCAAGUGUGAAACCACUGCGGGACGGUGUGGGGACGUGACGUCAACUCCGCAACCAACAUCCGGCACGCGCUGGUGGAGAUGCUGCUGGGGCACAAGCGACCUGCAUCGCUGCAGACUGGCGGCGGCGGCAGCGGCAGCGGCGGCGUCAGCUGCGGGGGCGCGUGCGCGCAUCUUGGUAGCGGAGGGGGCGGGAAAGGCCACAUGGAGGAGUAGAGCGCAGCGCCGCCCAAGAAGCGGUGCAAUCGCGCAGGCUGAGGAGCCGGCUGGUGUCUAGGUAGCGGUCCGCGGUGGGGCUGGCAGGGCAUGCGUAGCGGCAUGACAAGUAGUGCGGCUGUUGACAACUGCUGUGUCUGGCUGCGGUUGGCUCUGCUAUGGCAUCGCGAUUGCUAGGCACCUGGUUUGGCUCUGUGCCUGUGGAAACCGACCCCCGCUAUGUCCGGGCGAUGAGGUUGUUCGGCCUCAGACUGUGGAGGGGCUCAGCCCCUUUUCCCGUGACUGGGGAACACUUGUCCCCGGUUCCUCCUCGCCUCGCAUCAGGCACCCAUACUUCUUGCCACGUUUCGAGCAAGAUCAUUAAUGUCAGGUUAUUGUGCGUACCUGUCAACUUGUUGGUUGUGCCAGUCCCUUGCGAUGCAAUCAUACGAGCUUCCAUCUUGUCCCCGCAGUCAACCUAGCUCCCGCCCAAGCUCCUGCCCAACA